CACACCACCAGUUUCCAGGAAGUAAACUGUUGGAUUGUUUUGCUUUUUCUUCUGGGCGGCGAUGCAGCGACCAAAGCUAGCUAUGACAGCCAACAUUUACUGCCGACAUGAUUCCCUCAGCAAUGUUUAAGUUUUUCUGGUAACAAGAAAAGUGUUUCUGGGGGCAAACCGUAGCUGCAACAACUGUCACGCCAAGCUGAGUAGCAUGCUGGACGUGGGGAAGUGGCCAGUGUUUGCACUGCUUCCUCCUGAGGAACUACGACUUAUUCGGCAGGCUUGUGUCUUCGGCAGUGCUGCAAACGAAGCUCUCUAUGUCACUGUUAAUGAUGAGGUCUUUGCCUUGGGCACCAACUGUAGCGGCUGCUUAGGCCUCGGAGACCUUCAAAGCACCAUUGAGCCGCGCAGGAUUGAUGUCUUGUGCGGAAAGAAGAUUGUGUCCCUGAGCUAUGGUACAGGACCACAUGUGGUCAUCGCCACUGCAGACGGGGAAGUGUUUGCCUGGGGCCACAAUGGCUACAGCCAGCUGGGAAAUGGGACCACCAACCAUGGUCUGACCCCCGCCCUGGUCUCCACCAACCUCAUCAGCAAGCGGGUGACGGAAGUGGCCUGUGGCUCCCACCACACCAUAGCGCUCACCAGUGACGGAGAGGUGUAUGCGUGGGGCUACAACAACUCUGGCCAAGUGGGUUCUGGGUCGACUGCCAAUCAGCCAACACCACGUCGGGUUAGCAGCUGUCUGCAGAACAAAGUAGUGUACAACAUAGCCUGUGGCCAGCUCUGCUCGAUGGCUGUCCUGGACAAUGGAGAGAUUUAUGGUUGGGGCUACAACUGCAAUGGGCAGCUCGGUUUGGGAAACAACGGCAAUCAGCAGACGCCGUGCAGGAUCGCUGCGCUGCAAGGUGUCAAUAUCGUGCAGGUAGCGUGUGGAUAUGCGCACACGUUGGCACUGACGGAUGAAGGAUUUGUUUAUGCAUGGGGAGCCAACUCCUAUGGACAGCUAGGAACAGGCAAUAAAAGCAACCAAGCUCUCCCCAUCCUAAUAAAUACAGACAAGGAAAGGAUGGUGGAGGUGGCUGCGUGUCACACCAGCCACACGUCAGCUGCCAAGACGCAGAGCGGGCAGGUUCUGAUGUGGGGUCAGUGUCGAGGUCAGGCCGUGUCCAGCCCUCACCUCACCCACUUCAGCAGCACGGAUGACGUGUUUGCCUGCUUCGCUACGCCAGCCGUCACAUGGCACCUCCUCUCAGUGGAUGGAGAUGACUACCUGACAGUUGCCCAGUCUUUGAAGAAGGAGUUUGACAGUCCAGAGAUUUCUGACCUCAAGUUCUUAGUUGAUGGGAAGUGCAUCUAUGUUCACAAAGCUCUUCUGAAGAUCAGGUGUGAGCAUUUCCGUGCUUUGUUGAAUGAAACAGACGAAGAUGUUAUAGAAAUUCACCAGUUCUCGUAUCUAGUGUACAGAGCCUUCCUGGAGUAUCUGUACACAGACAAUAUUAACCUGCCACCAGAGGAUGCUAUUGGGUUACUUGACUUAGCCUCGUUUUAUCGAGAGACAAGACUCAAAAGAUUGUGUCAGGAAACAAUCAAGAGGGGCAUCUCUGAAGAGAACGCCAUCACUCUGCUUUCUGCCGCCGUCAAGUAUGAGGCUCGGGACCUGGAGGAGUUCUGCUUCAAGUUUUGUGUCAACCAUCUAACGGCUGUCACUCAGACCCAGGCCUUUGGGGACAUGGAUCAUGACCUGCUCAAGAACUUCAUUAGCAAGGCAAGCCGCUACGGGGCCUUCAAAAACUAGCGCGGCCCUUGCGGCGGCGGAUUCCGGAUGAUUUGUUUUGAUUCUGCAAAAGGAGAGCCAACCAAAGUAAACACCGAGCUGGACAGCUUUGCAAAGACUUGUUACUGUUGGAUGUAAACACUGCAGAGGGCCAGUGGUUUCGGGUGGCAGCAGCUAUCUGAUGCUGCCGUGUUACUACUCUAAACCUUGUCCAAACACGGUGAAGUGGGGCAGAAAUAUUGGGUUACUCUACUAAUCCGGUCUUAAAAUGAAGAUGUACCACAGAGGUUUGCAGUUUGUCAGACUUAUGUUACCAAAAACAAGCUUAAUUGCGGCUACUUCCGGUUCGUUUGAAGCAGACAUACAGACGGAUGCAGCUAGCUUAAAAAUGCUGUAUGGUUCUUAACAUAUAUCUCAAUAAAUGACCAGUUUAAAGACUUUCAAUAGCAAAUUUCCAAAUUACGUGGUAAGCUGUGUCUAAUUCAUGUAGACAUAAAGCAAUCUGCAACAAAUAAAUCAAUACUUCACAUCCUGCUGCAACCUACACGCCAGUCAGCCGAUAUUUGUUGAUCCGAGGUAUGUUUGUAUAUACUGUAUAUAUGCGUUUUCUGUUUUGGAUACAGUUUUUACACUAAUUUAAACCAAACUUGUGGUAAUUAGAAAUAGUUUUAUCAUAUUGGGCGAUCCAGUGGAAACCUCCAGACUCUGUUUAUGUCAUGAUCAACCACUCAAUGCUCUGUGAAAUAAAUUCCUAAAAAGUUAAUUAUCAUAAAA